AAAAAUAAAAAAGAAAGAGCAAAAUUCCAAGUUUAUUUAUGGACCACAACAAUUUUCAAACAAUAGUAUUAUAACCUACAAAGCUGGACAACAACGCGCAAAUUAGUGUCAACCAGAACUACAGUAUAAGAAACAUGCGAUUAAUUAUAAUUCCUAAACAAUCUCGAAAUAGGCUCAACCAACCAAUCUCUCCAAAAAAAAAUUAAUACCACAACUAUUAUUAGGUGUAUGACCUAACAAAACCUCCCUUUUCUGCUGCUGGAAUUCCCCCAAUUCUUCAACAAUCUCUCAAUCGUUGCCCGGCGUCUAGAUUCACCGUUGAUGUCGGAGAUCCACGGGGCGUCGAGUUCCGCUCGCGCGCCGCCGUUGGCCACCGCUGCUUCGACAAUGGCUCUGUCGCCGGAGAACGCGCUGUUCAACAAGUACGAGGUCGGGAAGCUGCUGGGCUGCGGCGCCUUCGCCAAAGUGUACCACGCGCGCGACGUGGCCACCGGCCGCAGCGUCGCCAUCAAGGUGAUCAACAAGAGCAGGUUGAACAACAAUGCGACGCUCAUAAACAACAUCAAGCGCGAGAUCUCCAUCAUGAGCCGGCUGCGGCAUCCCAACAUCGUCAAGCUGUACGAGGUGCUCGCCACCAAGAGGAAGAUUUUUAUCGUGUUGGAGUUCGUCAAGGGCGGGGAGCUCUUCGCCAAGGUGGCCAAGGGGCGGUUCAGCGAGGAUCUCGCGCGGAAGUACUUCCAGCAGCUCAUCUCUGCCGUCGGCUACUGCCACUCCAGAGGCGUAUACCACCGCGAUCUGAAGCCGGAGAAUCUGUUGCUGGACGAGAAUGGCGAUCUGAAGGUCUCGGAUUUCGGCCUCAGCGCGCUGGCGGAUCACGUGCGGCCCGACGGCCUCCUGCACACGCUCUGCGGCACGCCGGCCUACGUGGCGCCGGAGAUCCUCGCCAAGAGAGGCUACGACGGAGCGAAGGUGGACGCGUGGUCGUGCGGCGUCGUUUUGUUCGUCCUCACCGCCGGAUAUUUGCCAUUUAACGACCCGAAUUUAAUGAAUAUGUACAAGAAGAUCUACAAAGGUGAAUUCCGGUGCCCUAAGUGGACUUCGCCGGAUCUGAAGCAAUUUUUCUGUCGAUUACUGGACACAAAUCCUGAAACUAGAAUCUCGAUUGAACAAAUCAAGCGUGAUCCGUGGUUCAGGAAGGGGUAUUCGGAGGUGAAACCCGAGAGCAUCUGCGGCAUGUGGAAGGAUGAAGAGAGGAAAUUGCAGGAUUUGAACGCGUUUGACAUCAUCUCCUUCUCCCGAGGACUCGAUCUGAGCGGAUUGUUCGACGGAAAGUUCGUAGCUUCGGAGGAUGUGGACCGUCUCACGGCGGAGGAGCAGCCGGAGAUAGUGAUGGAGAAGGUGGAGGAGGUGGUGAAGGCGGAGAGCGGCGGCCUGCAGCUGAGGAAGACCAAGGAAUGCGGGGUGGAGCUGGAGGGGCAAAAUGGUGAUUUCGUAGUCUCCUUGGACGUCUACCGGUUAACCGACCGGUUGGUGGUGGUGGAGGUGAAACGGAAGGCCGGAGACGCCACUGCGUUCGCCGGGUUGUGGAAUAACAAGAUUAGGCCGGUAAUUCUGCGGCGACCGGAGGUGCAGGUUUCCGGCAGCGACUAGGACUUGGAUUCCCACUCGGCCCACGGCGGUUGCAGGGGUAGUUUCGUCUUACUUUUUGUUUGUUGUUUGAAUAUAAGUGUUUUUUUAUUCAUUUUUGGGUCGUCGAUACAAAACAUAUUCGUUCUUGUAUAUUAAUAUUUCAGUGAUUAUUCAAAGGGUUUAUAAAUUUACGAUGAAAAAACGAAAAAAAGCUUAGUUUGUGAUAGAGUGGUAGGAUGCAGACAAUAAGAAUGCAAGUGCCGGAUUUCGAAAUUCAUGGCGCAGCGUUUCAUACAUUGUUUCAGAAGAUGAAAAAUUCUGGUUAAUUUGGGUUUGUAAAGUGUUGUUGAUUUUGAAUAUAGUUGUGUAGUGUGUUUGUGCU